ACUAGCARGACGAGAUGCAAAGUUUAUCUCAGUCGGUGAUUUCGUUCUUCAUUAUUUAUGUUCUGGUAUGCUACCAAUCUACAGCUCAGGAAUUUGUAAGAAGUGACAGGAAAUCUUCCGUGCUAUUUGAAACAGACCGCUACAAGAAGCUUUCAACGAAUUCCCUGGCUGUUUUCACUGUCCGCGAUGUCUUUGAGUGCUGUUGGAAAUGCCUUGAAUACCAUGGUUGUUGGUCAUUCAACUUUGCCAUCGGAAAACUCAAGGCGGAUCUUUUUGACUGCGAACUUUUCUCUACUACAAAGUACAGACUUCCUUUGAAAAUUAGUAACGUGCACAAUCAUUACACCAUAAAGAAUGCUUGUAAAAGUAAUCCCUGUGCAAAUGGAAAUGUUUGCAGUUCACUAGACGAAAUCCAAUACAAAUGCAAGUGCAUUUCAAGUGACAUUGGCAGCGAAUGCAAAUUUCAGAAUGAAAUUUGCUUGUCUGGAAAGAGCGGACAAUUUGGAAUCUUUGAAACUUCCAUUUCGGGAAAGGUGAAGUUCUUCAGGCUCGUCCACAUCUCUGGAGGAAUUGGCGCUUGGGCUGGGUCUGGUGUCAGUCAUUGGGGAACUCGUAAUAACGAAAUUGAAAUUACCAUUACAAACGAUGAUGACAAAAUGCUUACUCCUCCAAAAUCUUACGUGAGRGAGUAUCGCUUUUACAAUCUACCAGGCGUUUUGGCAAAUGAUCCCGAAUUAAUUCUGCCGGGAUUUGAACCGCCGCUUGAAGUGGUCGCGGGACAGAAGUUCAAGGUUUGGAAUAUCGAGGAUUUCUUUAACUCCAAGGAAGAAGACAAUCAUGGAAGAUUGUGUGUUCAUGCUUAUGUGCAUUUUGAGUAGUUAAACCAWACCAGAAGACUCUUACGCUUAAUGCAUGUUUCAGGAAUAGAAGGAAUAUACACCAUUUAACAAUGUAAAAUGAGUGACUUCGAACUGGUUUUUACUGUCCAGGAAGGGGUGAUAAGCGCCACCGUCGGUGAUAAUAUAUAUCACUCAGUAAUGUAUGACAAACUUUAUUUGUAUUGUACACUGCAUGAUAUAAGGUUAUUAAGGUUGGCACAAUUUUAACCGUUAGAUAAAGACAUUUUGCACACUGAAUAGAAGUACAUUCAGGACUCUAAUUCAAUAUAGACUUAAAAAAACUUUGUCAACGUGAGCUGUUAAUUACGGAGUGUACAUUAUGAGUCUAGUUGCUAUCAACUCUAACAGGCGAUAUGCAUUAUGGCAUCAUUUACUACAACUACCAGAAUGCUUUGCCAACUUUCUUUUGUAAUGCAAUUAGUGCCAAUUGUUUUAUUAAUCUCCAAGUGGAUUAAAAAUCUGAACAACAAUGAAAAUGCGCAAGGCUCUCUGGUAGUUGUAGUAAAGUUACGUCAUAAUGCAAACGUCCUAUCGUAAACUUACUGUAC